UUGAUAGAGGAGCCUUCUGAUUUACGAGCUUAAAAUGAUUUUCUGAAUGAAGACGCUUUUCUUUUAAUAUCUCCUUAACGAAGUCCCGGACAACAUUUUCGCUAAGGAAGGAGUUGUUUCAAAUCACCCCCCGAACCACCUCUCUCAAGUACGUCCAACAUUUUUCGGACACCCUGUAUUCCGGCCCGCGAGAACGCGUCAUUACCCACAGAAAGUUAAGAAAUCUAGCCUCGAUCGACUUCCACAUCGCCGGGGUCCUUUCAAUCGGUAUCGUUUGUUCCUGAAAUUGGAAAUUUGCACAUAGAUGGAACAAACAAGUGGAAAGCCGAGAACUCUAUUUUAAGCGAGCACCUAGUCGAUAAAUCUUACGAUUGCCACUUCGCUGAGCACCGAAUAAUAACUACGCGACUCCGUUUCCCUUAUACAAGAUGGCGUCCGUCGAGUGACUUCGUCGAGGCUGUGUUUUAUUUCUUCGCGGUAUUUCCGACGUACCGAGGCAUCGUUUUCGCAACUACGCGUCGCGAAUAGAAGAAACGAGUAACUAACGCGAGGUACACAAUUUAUCAGCCGCCGUCGGAGAAUGAUUUAAAUGUUCCGAGAAGAUAACAGCGCUUUGAAGCGAUAGACGCGCAACCGUUAGAAACAUCCCCGUCUCGCGCAAUUUUUUACGAGUCCCCGAACUGUACUUCGUCGAGGAACUACGAUUCCCCGAUCCGUGGAUCCGAUACAAAGGAAGAAAUAUUAGCAGCGAGGGCGAAAUCGCGAUUAUCCCUUUGAAAAACUCCGAGAGGGGAUCUUAAAGUUAUUAAAUAUAAGCGUAACGACAUACCCGCGGAGAAAACUUUAAUUGGAUACUUUCAUCCGUAAUAUUUCGGAAGGGAAGGUGGGAGGAUUGGCGAAAAGUUGUCUCCUCGAAGUGGACUUCGCUCCAUCAUCGAGCGAAAAGAAUCGUUUCCUUCUGGAUUUCUCGGAAUUGCGGAUUUUCAAUUAAAGUUUCCCGCGACGGCUCUCGGGUCAACGAAAUGCUCUUCGAGACCGCGGGAGGUCCAUCGGUUGUUUCGAACAGCUUGAACGCGUCCAACUGACGAGUCCAGACUGCGCUUCGAGUAGGAAGACGUUUGUCUAAGAAAACCGAACGGUACCUCGGGAUUCGUGAUCCUAAUUGUUGUUCCGUGACAGGAUAAACCGCUAGUUGUAUUCUAGUGGACCGAUUGGAAGCCUCGUACCAGCCGAAAAGGAACCAAGGAUCAAUUUAGCUCCAGCGCAGCGAAUUUCAACGCGUCAGGCGCGGACGUGCGCUCGAGUGGAUUAAUUAAAAUCAGCGCAAACAGCCGUUGUUUUGCUCGGGUUUAUACAGUAAAUCAGUUCAAUCGCAGGUUAAUUAAUCGACGUCUCGUUUCGCGAUUAAACGCGCCUCUCGCGCGACGUUGACACGAACGACAAAGUCUUUGAAAGGGACUUUCACCGUAACGCCGCGAUAACAGGGACGCAAAUUGGCGUUCAUUACCAUGGGAAUCGAUACGAAAGGAGCACUCGGGGUAAAUGACGCUGAUAAUGACGGGCGCCGGAAGUCGCGCGGAAUUAUCGUCCCGGCGAAUCGUGCCAAGCGACCUGCGGCAUAAAUCUUCGACCGGCUGCGCUUUCAACAACAUUAGCCAGGAGUUCGUAAUUACGCCCGCUGUUGACGGAGUCAUUUGUAUACAAAGCCUGGCGGCGAACGAGUCGCGAGGCUUUGCGUUCGUCGUACGUGCCUGGCGAAUACGGAUUAUCGACGAGAAAUCCGAGCAAACGAACCGAGAAAGACGAAUCAAUAUAACGAGCUGAAUAAUCGCCCUUCGAGCGCGCAAUUAAAAGUGGAUGGACAGACUUUCUACACUUUUAACACGGAAAUCGCGCGGUUUGGAAAGUUCGAUCCGUAUACUCGACACGUUGACUGCUAUAAUCGCGAAUAUUCCUACGAGGCAAACAUUUUCUUUCUAUACAAUUACGAAUUGCAUCACUGACUACGCCACAAAUAGUUACAAUGUUGUUGUAAUGAAUUUUGCUUUCACGCAUGGGUCUAUCAAACGUGCUCGGUUUGACUACGUUGCAUACCGAUGUGGCUCGUUCGUCGAAACAAAGGAACCGCAAAUCAGGAUUCGCGCGACAAUACGCGGAGAGAGCACGGCGCGAUUACUGAACUAGAGCCGCUACGAACGUCUGUACACGCAGCGUCGUAACAAGAGCUCGAAUCAACCAUGCACCGAAUGUAAAACUUUAAAUUCGCAGAGAAUACGGGGCGACUUCGACUUCGCGGAUCUCUCGCUCUAUUUCACGCUCGAUUUCUCGCGCUAUCUCGAUAAAGUCCGAUUACGCCGGAUGUACGUGGACAACGGAUGGGGUUCCAUUACGGAGCGAAGUCGGACAUGGCCGUCCACUGUACCGUUUCGAGAGAACGAACGACCAAAUCUUUCGCGUAUAACCUGAUAUCCGUGGAAACCUUUAACUUUCGAGCAAAUUGAAAACUUGAAACGGGGAACUUUAUAUACCGGAACAGUAGGUCAGACAAAUGUACAUAAAGAACGUCGCGUCGAACGAAAAGAAAGCGAGGAAAACUGAGUCCGCCGCUUCCGCUUAGAAUCGAACAUUUCGAGAAGGUAAUUUAACAAAAUUUUGUAUAUUUCUCGUUUGAUCGUGACGUUGGUAUUAUAUCGUUAAUUAAGGUCAUUACGUUUUAAUAAUAUCAAUCUGAAUGAUGAGAUUUAUAAUUCGCGAGGGUGAGCAAAAUCUCGAGGUCGGAAACGUUAAUUUGAUCAUUGUAAAGGCCGAUAAACAGAUCGAGAGCUUAAUUUCGAAAGAGCUCGAGAAUCAGGUCGAAAUCUCGAUAGCUAAUAAGCUGAAAAUUAGCUGGAAGUAAAAAGCUGAAAUCAAGCUGCCCCCUAUGGUCGAAUAAAUACAAAUCGAAUGGGAAGUGGAAACGACGAAAACCUAGGAAACGAUAGGAUACGGGCAAUUUAUAGGGUACCGGUGAACGUUGUAUCGUUAAGGAUCCUCGAUGGAAUGAAAAUGUGUACAGGACUUCGGGGAACGAACGCGAAAUAGUUAAAUCGAUAAAUCGAUCCGCGUCGAUUGCCAGAAUAGAGCGGAUUGUGAGAGCCGAAUGGAAUGUGCUUGGAUUCCUAAUACGGAGUUUCAUUUAACGGCGUGACCCCUUCUUUUGUACCCCGUCGCGUACGUUUCGAAACUUCCAAGGAGCGAGGCUGUGAGAAGGCUUCGUCUUCCUUGCAUUUCAACGACAGAGUUUUAGAAAAAUUUGUUUAUUUCGUGAGAGGAUUUCAGAAUGGAUACAAAUAGAUUAACAGGAAUCCGCCGGAUUCUGUUAAACGAAAGACCGACAAUUAAGCUAAUUCUUAAAAUUUCGUCCAGGGUCAUCGACGACACCUCUGCGAACAAAAAUUUCGAACGAACUUUUGCGAGACAAACAGAAACGAUACACGAAAUAUGGACUAAAACAGACGACUCCGUUUCCACGAAUCUUAACAUAUAUCAUACCUCCGCGACUGAAAUUACGAGAAUCAAAACUACUCGAAGGCUGUAAAGUAAAGUAAACAGUUCCGCUUUAAAAGAAAUCUUGAAUUACCUCGAUUCCAUUCGAGAUGAAUUGAUAUCCGAAACGAAAUUCGGGCUGGCCACCACUGCGACCAACGUAAAUGAAAUCUGGAAAUAAUGUAUUAUUUCUCCCGUUUCGACCGUCGAUUCAAUUAACGUUGUAAACGAAAACGAAAUCGAGGCUGUUAUCAGGGAUCGAAGGAAGGGAAAAAAGGGUAGCGCGCAUGCGCACCGCGGGGCGCCGCGUUCGAGAAUCGUGGCGGGCCAAGCGGCGUUCAUUCAGUUCACUGGCACUAUUUGCUCGCCAUGGUUGCCGUUCUUCGAGAUACCUGGUCGCGUCUAACUUCUUCUCGUCACGUGUUUACCUCUGCCCUUCGUAGCUCACUGAUCUUCGUGAUUUGCGAUCGUUCGCGAACGACGCGGAUCGUUCGAAAACGUAUCGACGCACGACCGACGAGUGCUCGUGCGGGAAACGUUGUCGUCGGGUCUCGAUGCAAUCGUUGAACUUUGUCUCCGUCGAGAAACACGGGAGAAACCGGUGCGAACGCGUCGAUGGAAACGAACCAAGUUACGAUGCGCGAUGUGCUCGUGAAGUUUUGCCACGGGACCGCCGACGAACUUUUCUAAACGAGCGGUGAGAAGUUAUGUUACCGGCCGCAAGAACUUUGUACGUGGCGGUGCGGUGAAAGAAAAGUACCUCUGCCGAGUCACACGCCCGAUUCUCGUCAGGGAGAACGAAUCCCCGUCCGAGACAGCGACAGGGGGCUAAAUCGAUCGAGUUCGAAUUGGUUGUUCGAAGAGAUCCCUCGUGCCGCGGGUGGAACGAUCGUUUACCGGUUCGAGUGCAACGCAGCCAACGAUCUCGGCAAGUAUCGCCUUCGAGGAAGCGCACACAAGAGUCACGAAGAAGCAGUUUAUAAUGUCACCGAAAGCCACGAUCGUCUCGAAGUCAAAGGAAACCGUACACGACGAUCGUUCACAAGCUGCGACGUUCCUUUCGCGAUUCCCGAUGGAUUUUCGCCCCGUGAACCACCCACGUGUCCGAGCAUCGCCGCGAUUUCGUGUCGAGUCGAACGUCAAGUUGCCCACGUAAGAGGUUACCGCGCGCGUUUUGCUUGGCGGGCGUCGGCGACGAUGGUGAACCGUAAAUACGUAACUCGGUAAUCGCGUUCACGCGUAAUCGGCGAGGUGAAAUUUAGGCGACGAGGUGCGCGAGUGUACCGAGUGCACGUUUAACGAGACGCGAAACGUCGCGUCCGCGCCGGAAUUGCAGAGAGGACACGCAAGUGGACGAGAUGGACAAUUGACGAUAGAACGGGAAGAGAGCCGGCGGGGAGGACAGGCGAUUGAAACGUUCCAUCCAACCGACUCACGGGACGAAAAUGUUGUCCACGGUGUCCAGUGUCGCGUUCGAAUUGAAUUCUUCCUACUACGCGACCAUUGCUGGAGGCGACGAUCAAGAGGGCCUCUCCGUAGUCAAGCCUCAAAAUGCGACCACAGACCUCUACAUGUUGCCUGCUUACAUUCGCACGACGUCCAUGGUUGUCUGCAUAGUAGUGAUGGUCCUGGGUAUAAUAGGAAACCUUAUGGUGCCGUUGGUCGUGUUCCGCGGCAAGGACAUGCGAAACAGCACGAACAUCUUCCUGGUGAACCUGAGCGUGGCGGAUCUCUGCGUCCUCCUGAUAUGCACGCCUGCCGUCCUCAUCGAGGUCAACUCCGGACCGCAGAUCUGGCCGCUCGGUGAACACAUGUGUAAAGCGGUGCCGUUUGUGGAGCUGACCGUGGCGCAUGCCUCGGUUCUUACGAUCUUGGCGAUCAGCUUCGAACGGUACUACGCUAUUUGCGAACCUCUGCGGGCGGGAUACGUGUGCACCAAGGCCAGGGCGACGUUCCUCUGCCUUCUGGCGUGGGUGGCAGCGGCGCUGUGCACAAGUCCCAUCCUGUUCACGGUCAGCUACGAGCUAGAGGAGACCGAUAACGGUACGUACAUUCCCACCUGUAACACCGUGGCGACCACUUACUGGGUGAUGGGUUUCUUCGUGACGACGGUGGUCAUCUUCUUCGUGGUACCCCUGCUGAUACUGGUGGUUCUGUACACGGUGAUCGCCCGACACCUGAUGGCGAACCCGACGAUAAGUCGCGGCUCCUCGAACAACAUGCUCAGAUAUCGCAAACAGGUGAUGCUGAUGCUGGGAACCGUCGUGCUGUGUUUCUUCUUGUGUCUGCUGCCGUUCAAGGCGUUCACCAUAUGGAUCCUCGUGGUCCCCGAGCGAAUGGUGAUCCGUCUAGGCGUCGAGGGCUACUUCACUCUGUUGUACUUCUGCCGGGUGAUGCUUUACUUAAACUCCGCGAUCAAUCCCAUCCUUUACAACCUCAUGUCCACCAAGUUCAGGGAGGGAUUCCUCCGGCUGUGCGGGCUGGGGCCCAACAGGAGGAAAAAGAAGAAAACGUCGGAUAGAACCGGUACGUACACCACCGGCUCCACGAACUGCAGCAGCAACCACUCCGACUUUUGGAGGCGGCACAGCAGCAACAAGAGCGCCGGCAAGGCGCCCGCCAGCAACGCGUCCGCCGAAAAACAGAUCAAGCUGCCGCUUCAGGCGGCCGUCGUCGCUGGCUGUAUCGUUAGGAAGAAACAGGAGAGCUACGUGUAAAAGAGCGAACGGUGGGACGACUAUCCGAGACUGACUGUGAUCAUCUACCAUUCCGUAUUAACGUAGCACCUGUCGUUCGCACUCUUAUGCACCAUCGAACGAUGCGAGACGUUCAUCUUUCGCGACCUAGUCCAAAAGGAAUCGCGAACCGAGGCUGUUCGAUCAACAGGAAGGUCGAGUGGCCUCUCAAAGUCGUUGUAGCCGUGAAUGCGUUAGACUCUGGGUAAGUAAAUAAAGAGGUGGGUGUCUAAUUAUUAGCUUUUACCAAAAACUUCUUUCGUCGCUUGCACUCGGUUAUUUUGUGCGACAGUGUUAGGUCUC